AAAAGAAAAUAUCGAUGGUUGCAGUGAUGGUAUCCGAGCGCAGGAAAUAAAUAAGUAGUAUUUUUGUAUUAGUUCAUUGAAAUUAGGCAAUUUUGUGUAAGAAAACUAACAAAAAAUGUUGUUACAUGUGAUACCAAGUUAAAAAGUCUAGUGGUGACACAUUUCUCAUUAAAAAAUGACAUGAAGAAAGCAGGAUAUCCUAUGCGACACUUUCGGUUAGAAAUUUCAAUGGAAUGUUUUCAAUGAAACUGAAUUCAUUAUUACAUUUUUAAUGAGCGUGGAGUUGUUGUUAGUCAUGUCAAUUAAUUAAGGUGAGUGGUGUUGGCGUAGAAAAGGGAGGACGGUGUUCCUCCUAAACCAUUGAUAUGGUCACCAUGAAUUCCGACAAGGCUGCCACCAAGCGCAAGCCGGAGCCUAAUAAUGGGGGCUGCACCGGAACCAGUACAAAUGAAGAUGUAAUACAGACACAAACCCCUUCGAUUGCAGAAGAGUCCCCUAACAACCUCCUAUACAAAAAGAUGGAAAAGAUCGUCGAGAAAAUGCAAGAUGAGACCACAGGAGUUCCAGUGCGCACUGUGAAGAGCUUCAUGUCAAAAAUUCCCUCUGUUUUCACUGGUUCAGAUUUGAUAAUGUGGAUGUUAAAAAAUCUUGAUGUGGAAGACCAACAGGAAGCGUUACAUCUAGCACACCUCAUGGCUGCCCAUGGUUACUUUUUUCCCAUAGAUGACCACAUGCUAACUGUCAAAAAUGAUAAUACCUUCUACAGAUUUCAGACACCAUACUUUUGGCCAUCAAAUUUCUGGGAACCAGAGAAUACUGAUUAUGCUGUCUACCUGUGCAAAAGAACCAUGCAAAAUAAGACACGAUUAGAGCUUUCCGAUUACGAAGCGGAAAAUUUGGCCCGCUUACAGAAAAUGUUUUCAAGGAAGUGGGAGUUUAUUUUUAUGCAGGCUGAGGCACAGAGCAAAGUUGAUAAGAAAAGAGACAAGUUGGAGAGGAAAGUGUUGGAUAGUCAGGAGAGGGCUUUCUGGGACGUCCAUCGACCUAUGCCUGGUUGCGUGAAUACCACCGAAAUUGAUAUAAAGAAAGCAUGUCAAAUGAAUAAACCUUCCCAUGGUUUUAAAAAUAUGCAUGUUGGUGCUCCAAGAAUGUCACCUUCUACAUCUGGCAUAAACAGUAAAAAUUCAGUAGAUCUCCUCAAAAAGCAAGUAGCAUUACUCAAGUCUAGAUUAGAAAGAAGAAACAUCAAGGUCUCCAAAGCUGCUGAGUCGUUUGUGGCAUAUUAUGAACAGUAUUUAGAGUACGAUAGCUUUUUCGUUGCUCCAGAAUAUCCAAAUCCAUGGAUAUCAGAUAAUCCAGAACUGUGGGAACAAGAAAAACAAGCAAAAGACAUAUCGGCCCGCAGGGUGAAACGUUGGGCUUUCAGUUUACAGGAACUAUUGCAGGAUCCAGUUGGCAGAGAACACUUUGUGAAAUUUCUUGACAAAGAAUUUAGUGGAGAAAAUCUCAAAUUUUGGGAGGCUGUUCAAGAAUUAAAAGCUCUUCCUCAAAGUGAAGUUCAGAAUAAAGUACAGGAAAUAUGGAUGGAAUUCUUAGCGCCUGAUGCAAGCUGCCCCAUAAAUGUUGACUGCAAAUCUUAUGAAAUCACUAAAAAGAAUAUGGAAAGUCAAGACAGAUGGAGUUUUGAUUGUGCAGCAGCUCAUGUUUACCAUCUUAUGAAGAGUGAUAGUUAUUCAAGAUAUUUGCGAUCAGAAAUGUACAAAGAAUUCCUAAAUGGGUCUAAGAAAAAAACUUCAGUAAAGGGGAUUCGUUCCAUCGUGUCAUUUUCAGCCCGUAAAGACAACGUAACUUAAUUAUAGCAAACGGGAGAUGUGAGUCUUCAACUUUCAUUCUAAUUAUGACUUACCCAAUAUUGGUAAGUUAUCUAUCGACAAUACAAGUUAUAAUGCCAGUGGCAAAUUUUGUUGACGUAAUUGUUUAAUGUAAUAAAAGUUGGACAUCUUGCGUUUAUCUGUUGUCACGUAUAGUUGAUUUUUUUUUAAAUACGUACAAACAUUGAUAUUGAAACUGAUAUUCGUGGAAUUUAAGAUAUAAAUUAUGUAUUUGUGUUUAAAACAGUUAUGGUGACUCAGUGAUAUUAAUAGCAUAGUUAUUAGCAACAGUUGAGUCCAGAAGAUAUUAAAAUGUAUAUAGGAAAUUAAAGCACUAAACGAUCUACUGCUAUGUGAUACAUGCACGAGCAUUUUUUUUUUCUUUGAAAAAUAUAUAUUUAUAUUCAUUAAAAAAUAGUCUGUGUAUAUAGAAUGUACAUAAAAUGAGGACCUUUAUUUAUUGUACUGCGUCACUAUAUCUGUUGUUAAGUAACAGUAAAUUGUUUUUCCCAAAUCUGUGCAGUGUAGUUGAUCAUUUUUGGCCAUUUAGUAAGAAUACAAACACUGCCAUCUACAGUUACAUAUCUAAGUUAUAAUUUGAAAAAAAAGCAUGUAUUGUAUGUGAGCGCUACCUUAUAUAUACAUAUACAAUGUGUAUAUAUUUGUUUAUUUAUUUAGCUCAGGUGUAAUGCUGUAGUAUUAGGAAAUUAAGGUAGGCGACACACUUUCUUUUUACAGUGCAAUAUAAAUUGUCACAAAAUGCUAAAGCUUCUACGGAUUGGUUCAAUAUUAUUAUAUUAGGUUACAAAUUGCCAAAUGAAUUUUUGUAUUUGAUUUUUUUAUUGUACUCAUAGUAUACCCACAGAAAUUUAAGUGACACUAGAUGACGAUUUCUCAAAUUGAUGUACAGCGCUUAGGAAAAUAUACCGAUAUUUACUUAUGUUAUAAAGGAAUUGAAAAACAUCUCAUUACCAGUUAUUGAAAUGUAGAUGAUUAUUCCAUACAGAAUUCCAAUAAAUUACCUAUGUUAAUUGUA